CCACUCAUGUACUGUAAGGACGACCAUGUAAAGCAGCUUCCAUUCAGCCAUGCAUCCAAACAUAUUAAUACAGCGGUUAACCAAGUCCGUACAUCAGCUUCCAUUAGGCCCCAUCGUCAUGGUCAUGCAUGUAAGCAGCAAUCAAGCCCUAGAAACCUCGAGCUAGCUCGUCAUAGAAACCAAGAAAGAACCAUCCAAGCCAUGGAGGAUGAUGAGGAGAAGCCAUCACAAAGGAUCACCAACAAGGAGGAAGACGAAGAGGAUGACGACUUGGUGUUCCCGGGCUUCCGGUUCCAUCCAACCGACCUGGAGCUCGUGGGGUUCUAUCUGAAGAGGAAAGUAGAGAAGAAGGGUUUCAGAAUUGACAUCAUCAGGGAGAUCGACAUCUACAAGCAUGACCCCUGGGAUCUUCCAAAUGAAGCACGGCAUGUGGUGCAAGGCGCAGGAGGAGACAAGGACGACUGGUACUUCUUCUGCCUGCGUGGCCGCAAGUACCGGAACAGCAUCCGGCCCAACCGCGUCACCGGCUCCGGCUUCUGGAAGGCCACCGGCAUCGACAAGCCCAUACACGACGGCGCCGGCGAGCGCGUCGUCGGGCUCAAGAAGUCCCUCGUCUACUACCGCGGCAGCGCCGGAAGGGGCAACAAGACGGACUGGAUGAUGCACGAGUUCCGACUCCCCUCCGCAGAGUUGGUCGAGCUCCAUGAUGCUGGGAUCUGGACGAUCUGCCGCAUCUUCAAGAGGAACACGUCGUACACUCGGAGGUGCCAGCAGCAGAAGCAGGAAUACGGCAGCAAGCGAAGCCAGCAGCAGGAGCAGGAGUUGCAGUACUACUACGACUACUACCGCUACCAUCACCACCACCAUCAGCACCAUUACUUCCACUCGUCCGAGGCGGUUUAUGCUGCAGCUGAACACCAUCGUCAGCCGUCGUUCCUGCUGCGCGGUUUCCAUGGCUCGUCGUCGUCAUCGGCCGAGACGACGACGACAUCAGGAUUCGUGGGAGCUCAUCCAUUGUUGCCGCCAUCAACGACAUCGACUCUAGGGUGGAGCGACGCGGCGAGCUUACGGGACAGCGGCAUCAGCACCUGGGACGAACUCGGGAGGAUCCUGGAGAUCUGACUAUGUAAAUGCGGAUUACUAGCGUGCAUGGUUGUGGGAUGAGCUAGUAUAUACAGAAUUAGUUACCUGACAUUACUUAAUUACCGACGGUCAGCCUCAGUUUGUACAGCACAGUGGUUUUACAGUUAGUUUCUCAUGUGGUUUAUGAACACGUACGUACGAGUUUACUUGUGCUUAUUAUUAAUCAAAAGAGUAAAGUGCAUGGAAGGUUCAUAAACU